AUGGCGACUUUAGACGUCGUGUAUGAGAAGAUUCACCACAAACACGGUCCCCGCUGGUGUGCGCACGUGGGAACCGGACAUGACGCAGCAGCGAGCGCGAGCCUCAGGGUGUGUGUCGCGUGCGUUGUCGAGCUGACUGACAGCUGCCACGUGUCGGUUGUGCGUAAGUCGAUGGCACUGACGGGUGUAGGAGAGCUGCUAAAGACCGAAGGAGUGAUGAGGGAAAUCCUGCAGCAGGAUGACGGUGUGUGUGUGCGUUUCACCACCUCAUUACUCAAGAUGCUACAGACUGUUGAAGAAUCUUCUACACUGGACAAAGUCAUGCAGGUGCUGGUUCAGCUGUUGUUGGAUCUGAAGUCAGAGCAUUUAGUGCAACACUUGAUAAAUGAACUCCAAACACAGCUCUGUGGUGUAAACCGGUCUGUGGUGUGUGUGACGUUUUUGGGUAAAUUGCUGGAUGCUGUUCCUGCAGUAUCCCACAUGCUGACCAGCACAAACUUGUGUGUGUUGGAGAGCUUGUGUGUGCAAAUGGUGAGUGCAGACGAGGAGCUGAAGGCGGCAGUGUGUUACGUGUUCCGUGGUGUGUGGGAGUCAGAGGAUGCACGUCACUCGAUGCCUCAAACGCUCAGGGAAAAAGUGUGUGUGUUACUUUUAAACACACUGAAACAUGCCUCUUUGCACCAACUCAUUGUCAACUGCCUUGGGCUGCUGUUGCUGAUGCUGCGUUCAGGAGAGACAGUGUGUUUUCUGAUGACUCAGGAAGAAGACAAAAAGCAUCCAGAGCUCCAACACUGUUCAUUACCACUCAUAUUAAAGAGGAUAUUGUUGAGUGGUGAUGAGUGUCUGCAGGUGGCCAGUGUUCAGUGUGUGAGUGCUGUGCUCAGUCACUCCACUCAGUACUGUAUGUCCUUCAUACACGGUGACAUCCCAGAGUUCCUGUUUGAGCGUCUGAGCAGCAGUAACGACGUCCUCCUAUGGUGUGUGUACAGCUGUGUAUUACUGCUGUGUGAAGACUCGCUGUUUUUCUCUCAGUGCCACUCUCUUUACGGUAUCGAGUCUCUAGUGCGCAGUCUGAAGGAGUCACUGAAGCUGUCUAACCUGGAGGUCCCCAAACAGGGACUGCAGCUGCUUACAGUUAUACUGGAGAAGCAGCCAGCAGGAGUGCGUCUGUUCCCAAUCGGUCCCACGUUUGUGAACGUGGCUGAAGUGGUGAUAGUGGGCUUGGCUUCACCUUGUCUCCAAGUAGCAACACAGGCAGCACGAGCAGCUACAGCACUGAUGAAGAUGCAUCACCAGUCCACUCCAGUGCAUUAUGGGGAGUUAAGAAAGAUUAUGGAGGCUUUGUCAUGCAGAUUCACAGAGUUACCAUCACGGACCAUCUCACAGCGUAGAAGAUGUUUUGCAGAGCCCAAGUCCAGUUCUCAGUCCACCAAAGCAGGAACAUUCUUAAUGCAAGGACUUGUGUGCUUUCACGAGGCUUGUAGGCUGUUGGAGGAGUGUGUGUGUGAAGCCAGUGUGACGGACAGUCCAUUGACCGCAGCAGAAGAAAAAGAUGAGAACACGCUGGAGUGUGUGUGUGUGUGUUUGCUGAAAUGCUGUGAUACAGUGUACAUUCCUACUGUUACUAGAGUGUGUGAGCGCACCCCCAGUCCUCGGGUUCUGCAGCUCUUCCUCUCCAUUCUGUCUGUGCAGUUUUCUCUCUCGCCCUCGCACAUGCCUGCUUUUGCUAACAAGCUUGCGUCUUCAGGUUUCAUUAGGCUGACUGUAGAAAACAAGGCUCUUCUGUGUUCAGGAAACAGACACACGUCUCUAAAUGUGGCUUGCUGUGGGUUUCUUCUGAAGCUCUGUGUGUGCCUACUGUCUCAGCCUAAUCCACAGACCCACAGCCAACACCUAGGUGUUGAGGAGGUAGAACAUGUGUUGCGUCAGUGUUUGCCGUCUCUGUACUAUCAUGUGUGUGAUUGGCCAGCAGUACUGGGACAGGCAACAGCUGAUCAGAACACACAGUACUGCUUACUGCACCUGCUUUAUCUGUCACUGAUCAGUGGGGACAGGUUGCUUCCUGAUGCUACAGUGUUCUCCGGUGUAAUGGAGUUUAUUAAUACAGUAGUGGAACAAUGCUGUACUCUUCCUCCAUCAGUACUGCAGUCAGUUCUGUAUCUGUUAUCAGAAACACAAGAGAGCAGCUCUGAUCUAGACUGGCCUAAUCUGAAGAGCAUCAGUAAGGUCCUGUCAUCCACACCUCCAUCCUCUUCACCUCUGUCUGUUCCUCAUCCUUCUCUUCUGCACUUCAUCUUCCGUUACCCUGAGCUGGCUGAGCAGUUUGGGACAACAGUUCUGACCGGGUGGCUGAAAAGAGGGAAAGAUCUGGUUGGAAAAGUGUUGGAUCCAGAGCAGACAGAACUGAUGGGGCUCCUGGAGAAAAACCCUUGUGUUCUAAUAAAAAUGCUGGGUGUAGUGUUUGAGGUGGAGGAGGUAGCUGAGUGUGCAGUCAAUGUGAUUAAGGCCUUUCUCAUGGCUCAGCAGAAUUACAGUUGUGUGUCUCAAUCACUGCUCAAACCGUUACUCCUUCAGCUAGUGCAGAAACUCAACUGUGAUAGCAACACUGUUGUCCAUUGUGUAUCUCUGAUGUUGGAGGUAAUGUGUAUGGUGCAGACGAACUCUACAGUUCACACUGAUAUGGACCACACUGACUUGAAACUGCUGUAUUACAUCAGUAAUCUUAUUGGAAAAGUGAAGUGCAGAGACACAGAAUAUCUGCUACCGGCUUUAAACUACCUUUACUGCAGUCUGGUUCUGUCCCCUGUACACACAGCUGACCAAGCUGUAUCCAUGUUGCUCUGUAACACUGGUCUAAUGGAGUUACUACAGACGCUGCUGGAUCACUGUCAUUCCUCCUCAUCUUCAUCACCAGUCACCUGCUGCUCUUUCCUCUUGCUCAGCUCCCUCAUUACUCUACAGCACACACACUCAGCACAGGUCCAUAAGAGUGUGUGUUUAGAGUUAGAGAGUGUUUUGAGGACUCUAAUUUUCUGGAAGAGACAUACUGACAGCCUGCUUCUGGUGUGUACAGUGCGUCUGCUUCAGGCCGUGUUGGACAUGGACCUGUGCUCUCCUGUAGUGUGUGUGUCAGUGUGUGUGGAGCAUCAUCCACUCAGCUACAAAGGAGCCAUAAGUUUCACCACAGCACUACAAAGUUUAUUACUACAGAAGCAGGAGAUCCUUCUCAGUGUGUCUGUGAACUGUCUGGACUCACUCAUAUGUUUUCUGAACAGAGGGAGACCAGCUAUAGUUCAGCAUGUGGUGUUUCAGCCCUGGAAUCGUUUCUUGCUCUACUCUCUGCUUAACUCAGGAGAACAUCUCACUCUCCACCCAGGGACACUCCGCUUCCUGACUCUGCUGGUUUACUGGUCUGGAGAUGCCGUGCAGUGGGAGUCAGAAAUUGAGUGUGUGUGUAAAACUGCUGAGGAGAGAGGAGUAAAAGAGUUGAAAGGCAACACCAUACACACUCUUACACUUCUACUGUUGGAGUGCAGUGAGCGUUCUCUGAGUGAAGAUGUGAAGCUGAGAAUGGAGAACCUGUUAGAGUCCCUCAACCAUCUGCAGUCUUCAGAAAGUAGCACCGGGUGUUUAUUUCGAGUGGGAGGUUUAUCCAUCUGCCUUGCUGACUUCACUGUGAAUCACGCUUUGUAA